CUCACAUGUCAUUUAUGUCAUUUGAACUUGGUGGAGUUUGGUCACGUCAUUGACCGGCUGUUAUCGAUUGACCCCUAAGGGCGUAUUCCCUGCUCCAUCAUUUGCCCAAUUACUCCCUAAUUGCACCAUAAUGGAAGGCAAUAAAUUGGAGUUAUCUGAGAAACCAAGCACCGAACCGCCGGCCACUUACAAGGCAAUACCUGAAGCUGAUAUGGAAGAGAACGCCGUUACUCGACCCAAAAGCCUAGUGAAAUCGAAGUCGACCAGUCCAGAGGUGGACGGCGCGGACGAGAAGAUGCUCCCAAAGGAGGAAGUGGCCGAUGCUAAGAUUUCGCCCAAUGAGAAGCAAAACGGCGAUGCAAAACUCGACAUUGGCGAACUGAAGACCGCGUUUGUGGGUCUCACUAAAGAAGAGUUGAUGAAGUACGCCAACGAUCCGUUUUGGGUGCGUUUGCGCUGGUUUUUGUUCAUCACAUUUUGGAUUUUGUGGGGAUUGAUGCUUCUAGGGGCUGUGAUGAUUAUUCUGGCCGCUCCUAAGUGUAACCCCCCACCGCCACGAACUUGGUGGGAGAAGGGUCCUUUAAUUGAGCUAAAAGAUGAUGCAAACGCUGAAACAAUCAACAAAAUUAAAGAAUUGGGGGUUACAGGAGUUAUAGUUUCAUGGCCUGAAGACGCUUAUUCCGAUUUUAAUGAAGAUCAUAUUUUUAUCAAGUCAUUUAAGCAAUUCAAGGAAAAGGCAAUAAAUGUGGUUGUGGAACUUGAGCCUAGUUCCUCCUGGAUUUGGUUCAAUAAAUCUGAAAGUAGGGACAUUCUAUUCAAUGAUUACUAUAUUUGGCGCCAACCGAAAGAGGCUAGUAAUGGAGGAGAACCGACACCUCCAAACAAUUGGCUCACAGUAAAGAAUGUGUCAUCGUGGAAAUAUUCUCCAAGUAGAAAAGAAUUUUAUUAUGCACCAAUGGAGAAGCCCCAUCUUAAUUUCCACAACCCCAAAGUAGUUGAGAAGCUUUCUGACGUUAUUAAAAAAUUUCUGAAUUAUGGAGCAGGUGGAAUUAGGGUUAAAGGGGCUCCUUAUCUAUUGGUGGAUACUAAAUUUGAAGACGAACCAAUUAAAACCCCUAAUCCAACUGGAUGUGACUUUAAAGAACACUGUUUUUACACUCACUCAAAGACUGAAAACUUGCUCGAAUUGGGGCCACUAUUAAAACAAUGGAAAGUUAUUGUUAAAAACAUGACAGAAAAUGGACCAUUCAUGACAGCUGAAGAUUUAAGUAAUAUUGAAGCUUACAAGGUCAACAGCUCAUUUGUUGUUGAUCUACCUCUUCAGUCCCAUUUACUGAAUAAGCCAAGUGUCAACAUCACUGAUGUUGUCCACGUAUUAAAUACCACAUUUAAUGCAGAUAAUAUCACUUGGCCGUUAUGGAAAGUGAAUGCUUCAAGUGAGUGGGAUCUUGUCACUUAUUUGUUACCUGGUACGCCACUCGUGACGUUGGAAUCGGAAAACAACAAAGAGUUGUUGAAGAUACGAAAUUCACCCUCUAUUAUGAGGGGCUCCUUUUCAUUGCAUUUACUCAACAAUAAGACUAUUUUCGCAUUUACAAGGGUAACAGCAGGCAACCCGGGAAUACUGGUAGCCUUAAACCCCUCAGACAACCGCACUGUGGUCGACUUCCCGGCUUAUAUCAAAGGUCUGUCAGAAGAUGUGACUGUUCAAUUGUUUAGCGCUAAUUAUAGCGAACCAAAUGUAGCAGUCAGUGUUAAACAUGACGCUCAUUCUGUGCCUAUUUCACCAAAAUCAUCAAUUAUAAUGUCAUAUGUUCCGCCAUCUAAGUAAGCCUACAACUAUUCAGAUAUAAAGACAUUCCCUUGUCUUGGGACAAUUAUUGUAUUGGAUUGGACCAAAUGGUACAAUAAAUAUACCACAAAACGCAGCAUUA